CACAGCGUCUACUUUGCAACCGACUUUUUCUCUCCACAAGUCACUCCAAAAUUCAAAAUUUAAUUAUGUACAACUUUUAAAGCAAUUUAUUGAUUAAAAAUUCAAAAUGAGAGGGGUCGAUUGGGUCCUGCUCAUUGAAAUUUGUCACGAGUGUUCGGAACUUAAGUGGGAGUGUAUUUGUUCGGAUAAUGACGCCGCCAGGUCGGAUGACGAUGACGACGCCGCCGGCUCGAAUGACGAUGACGACAAGGACGUCGCCAAUCCAAGGAAAAGCGUCUUGGACUCGUCGGAUGACGAUGACGACCAGGAUGUCGCCAAGCCAAACGACACCGCAUACUGGAAGGAGUUUGCAAUCUUGCCGUAUCAGGACAGGCGGAAGUUUACUCUAGGGACUAAAUUUACCUCGUGGGAAGAUCAAGGCGAAUUCAUCUUCUUGAAUAUCGAGCACUCCUCAUCUGGCUACGACUCUGAUUCUUUCUUCGACAACAGCUGGGCCAUGAGGUCGGCGUCACUCGUCGAAAUAUCCUGCACUAAUGGGGAGUACUACAUAAUGCCGAUGCGAGGGACGAAACAUAUCGUCAACGGUGAAAACAAGACUUGCUCAUGUGGCCAGCAUCACAGCAGUUUUCGACUCGAGCUUAAUUUUGGAGACAGAUUUGAACUCUCGGUGGGGGACGGGGCCCCGGUCAGGCUGCUUUUCAAGGAGAGAACCUUCAAACCUGACAUCGAUAAGGACGAAGAGGCAGAAAACAAGGAAGCUGAAGAGGUUUCACGGGAAGAAAACAAUGUGGAUUUUUCCCCUGGACGGAACCAAUUGGUUGUCACCAAACUGCAAGACACACUGCAAGAAUUAAUCCUCGAUAUGGACAUGAGCCUUUUGCAACCAAACGGAGAAGAGGCAGCCUAUCAAAUCGCGACAAAUCUGGAUUUCAAGCAUCUCAGAGCCUUCACUUUCUUCCUGAACGGCAACUACCUUCGCAAUACGGACUUCGCCUCGUUAAAUCUCGCCUGGUUGACAGCCUGGGCAUCCGCCAUUAAAAAAAUUCAGUCCAUCACGAUUCACGGCGACCCCGUCCUGUCCUCAUUUUUGGUUGACCACAUGCAAACCGUGGGACCCUCGUCGUACCCUAAUUUGACCCAAGUGAGUACUCCCUUCAUCCACGAGGCGGGACCCGUCCUCGACUUUCUGCUCGGAUUAGAGCAACCCUUGACUAGCUUAAGUCUGCCGAUCCUCGUGAAAAUGCAAGAUUUUCAAAAUUUUGAAAAAUUGAUGGAGAAAAAUGGGAAAACUUUGAAGCACUUGGAAUUGGUCGUGUCAACGUGUGGAGAAGACGGUCAGUUCGGGGUGACCCUUCGGCUUCCCGCGCUCCCCAAGUUGGAAAGGCUGGACUUUUGGGUUAAACGUGGAUCCGAUGAGGGGGUGACGCUUAUCUUUCCGGGGGACGCGGCCAGCAUGAGCUACAAGGCGCACCUGCCGUCCAUCCGGUCACUCCGAAUUUACCCGACGGACAGGAAUUGGCGUGUCUCACGGUUUAAGAGUGGUCGGCAGUAUCGGGAAAAGUAUGGCGGUUUUUUGGACACUUUCCUCCCCAAGAAAGAUGAAGAAAUUUGCACGACUCUGAAAUAUCUGGACAUUCCGUACGAGAUGGGGCGCGAUCCGUACCCACGGGGAGCCGAGCUGCCGGGAAUGUUUCCCAAUGUGGAGAACGAGUUCAUGACGAAAUUUCGGAAGCGUCCUCCUCCCCCACCGGCAACGAAGACGUACUGGUUGAGAAGCAAAGUUAAAAAGUGAAGGAUUUUCUGGCAUUCUUUUCAAACGUUAAAAAUUUGUUAGGCUAAGUUGUAAUUCUUUUUGAAAUUGAUGUUUAAAUAUUUAUGAUGUGUAUCUUUAUUUAUUUGAAAUAUGAUUAACUUUUGAUUAACUUUUGGAUAAGACUUGGAUGUACUAAAUAUUGGGUAGCGUUUGAAAUAAACUAGAAAUUUGGUAAAAGGUGUAAACAUA